AGGAAAGCUCUGUAGCAGCAGAAGCUGUAGAUACUUCUAAACAAGAAAAUGCCAUGUUACCAGAAGUUUCCAAAAACACUAAUUGUCAGAAAACACAAUCCAAUUUAGAGCACAGAGCAAAUCAAAUAAAUUAUUACAAUACUUCAGUUUCACAAAAGCAAGAUCAAAGAGUGAAUGAAGAAAGAGUUUUUAAAUAUGUUAAUAAUAGACAACAGACUCUGCUGGAACACCAAGAAACAGGUAAUGCUGGUGAGUCUUUGAAAAGCCACACGAGCAAUGGUGGGAUAUCAGGUAUCAAGCAGAACGCAAGGGCUGGAUCCACUUGUCAAGAGCUUGAAUAUACUGACAGAUGUAAACCAAUUGGAUCAGGAAUUUCCAGUAAUGGUAAGAAUGAUUUAAAGGAGCUAGGAUAUCAAGAAAUGAAAGAAAAUCACUUAAAGAAAUUUGAAAAACCUAGUGAAAGUGAAGGAUCCACAGGAAAUGAGUGUUUAGGAAAUGAAUGUUCUCCAAGAGAUAUUUUGAUAAACAGUAGACAUACGAUACAGAAAUCCAUUAGGAAAGAAGAUCCAUGUCCAGCCCCAUCAUCUAGUUCUAGAGAUGAGUUACAUGGAAAAAUCAAGGAACAAAUACAUCCAGCAAAACGCUACAAAGUGAAGGGUGGCAUAGACACCAAGAAAAAUGGAGCCAUUUCUGCCAACAAAGGAAUAGCAAAGAGUAAGAAUGAGGAAUAUUCUAGGAUAAUACCACAGAAAGAUCAUUCCUACAUGGACAAAGAUGAACAUGGUUCAUCAUCCGAAAGUGAAGGUGAAACACUGGGUAAAUACCAUGAGGCCUUAUCCAGGACACACAAUUCCAGGCUCCCGCUGGCAGAUUCUCGACAAAAGAACUAUACUUGGGAAACAAGACAAAAAUAUAGUCCGCUAUCUGCAGAGUAUGAUGGAUAUAGUAGUGAAGCAUCAAUAGAUGAAGGAAACUGCAUUCAGAGAAUGAGAAGAACACCCCCACUGGAUGAACUGCAGCCACCACCAUAUCAGGAUGACAGUGGCUCUCCCCACCUCUCAUGUACACCCUCAGAAAUUGGGGACAGUAAAUGUGAAUUUUCCCACUGCAGCAACAGCCCGAGAUGCUCAUAUAACAAGUGCCCAAGUGAAGGCAGCACAGGUCAUGAAAUAGAAAGUUUUCAUAAUAAAGGAUACGAAGAAGACGUUCCAAGUGACAGCACCGCAGUCCUGAGCCCAGAGGAUAUGUCAGCUCAAGGAUCAUCUUCACAGCUUCCUAAACCUUUUGAUCCCGAGCCAGAAGCUAAAUAUGGCACACUGGAUGUGACUUUUGACUAUGACUCACAAGAACAGAGGCUUCUGGUGACAGUGACAGCUGUCACAGAUAUCCCAGCAUAUAACAGGACAGGUGGCAACUCAUGGCAAGUACACCUUGUUCUUCUACCUAUAAAGAAGCAGAGGGCAAAAACCAGCAUCCAGAGAGGACCGUGCCCUGUCUUCACAGAAACAUUCAAAUUUAAUCAUGUUGAAUCUGAGAUGAUUGGAAAUUAUGCAGUUCGGUUCAGACUGUACGGGGUACAUCGCAUGAAAAAAGAAAAGAUUGUGGGGGAAAAGAUUUUUUAUUUGACAAAAUUGAAUCUUCAAGGGAAAAUGUCAUUACCUGUGAUACUGGAACCUUCUUACAAUCAUUCUGGCUGUGAGUCCCAAGUGAGCGUGUCAGAAAUGUCCUGUAGUGAAAGUACCUCCUCAUGUCAGUCUCUUGAACAUGGCUCUGUUCCUGAAAUUCUCAUUGGCCUGCUUUAUAAUGCCACAACCGGAAGACUAUCCGCAGAAGUGAUAAAAGGCAGCCACUUCAGAAACUUGGCAGCAAACAGACCACCCAAUGGACUGUUCUGUUGUCUAAAACACUUGAUAGGUGGACAGGUUUAUAUAAUCCGAGAUACAUAUGUUAAAUUAACUCUCCUGAAUUCCAUGGGGCAAGAGAUGUCCAAAUGCAAGACAUCCACCCGCAGAGGGCAGCCAAAUCCAGUAUACAAGGAGACUUUUGUCUUUCAAGUGGCCCUAUUUCAACUUUCUGAUGUGACGCUCAUACUGUCUGUGUAUAACAAACGCAGCAUGAAAAGGAAAGAGAUGAUAGGCUGGAUUUCUUUAGGUCUGAAUAGCUCUGGAGAAGAGGAACUCAAUCACUGGACUGAAAUGAAAGAGUCGAAAGGACAGCAGGUGUGUAGAUGGCAUGCUUUACUAGAGGCGUGAGGGACGGCAGGUGAACGAGCAGUGACAACGCGAGGCAGCAGCAUUUCUGAUCAUGACAUUACUGUGUCCACCUAGUCACCUUUGGAAGAGCUGUUCUUCGAAGAAUCGUCUUCAGCCCUCUACCAAAAUGCUUUAAAUUCUGCGGGAAGAACAUCCAGUACUGACGUAAAUGAAGACAAUGUGUGUCUCUGGUAGAGCUUGUUUGGGAAAAUGAGAAACUUACAUUACUGUGAAACUCACAGUCCUCCAGAGCUUGGAAAAAAUGCUUCUGAAGUUCAUUUUACAUCCACAAAAGAGCGAGUACUUUCAUGAAAAAUCACAACUACAAAUGCUUUAAAAAAUCAGAAUUCUUAGUUGCAACACUAUUUUCGUGUCACCCUACAUAGUAUCCAUAAAACAUAGUUCUGACUGGCUUGUCCCUAACGUUCAUAAUGUUCUAUAGUCUGAAAAAGCACUUCUCCAGUUCUUUUGUGAGUCUUAUCUAAUGAUCUUAUGUUGAGGGGUUUCAGUCACUCUGAAAAUUGCUUUAUUUCCGAUAUUUUCCCUGUGCGCACUUAGUUUCAGUGUGCCGCAUUUCUUCUCAAGGGCAUUUUCAUAACAGAAGUUUUGUAUGUUAUUUUUUUUUAAAAGCUCAUUUCUUCAUUUGCCUCUGCUUUUGCCUGAUUCAAAGAGACCAAGUCAUUGUACUGGUCCCUUGCAAGUCUUUCAGACAGGUUGUACUGUAGAACUAUGUGACUUUCUGUUGAAAGCACUUCCUGUAUUCUUGUAUUCCAAUGUAGGAAGCUAAUAGAGCAGGACUUGACUUUAAAAUUUCUUUCAAUCAUGGACUCUUUAAAAUUGUAGCAAUGUGAAAACACAUUUUUUACAAACUAAAUAAUCAAUAGAAAAGCUGUUGAAAAUUGACAAGAAUUCAAGUUAAAGAAAAUUUUAAUUAUCUGCUCUGAGUGUUUAGUAACCAACACUGCAUAAAGCAGGUAGCGUUCAAAUAAGAAACUUCUCUCUCUAAAUCUUCUUCACGCUUAACUUCAAUUUGUAUUUGUGAUAUAAGGACUCUCCAGUUCUCGAUUUGAAUCAGAACAUCCAAAACAGUUCUGAGAUUCCUUAGGAAGUUUUUAGUGACUUGUGACUGGAUUUUAUGAAAUUUACAGAUACUUUCUCAAAUGUGAUGUCAUCCUGUGCCUUCCAUGUAAGUUAAAUUUGCUCAUACAGCUUGAAAGUUGUAUUUGCAAAAUCAGGCCUUCGAUUUUUAUAAAUGUAAAGAUUCCUCAGAACAGUGUCACAAGAUCUUUAUUUCCUCUGAAGUGUGUGAAAGUCAUAUAAUGUGCUGUUAUUUUUUAAAUGGCAAGGCAUUUUCAUUUAUUGUUUUUCUAUCUAAGAACUCUGGUUAAUCAGGAAUAUUAUAAGCUGUUUUCUUCUUAAUUUUGCUUCUUACCUGACAUAUAAUUUUAUGCAUAUACUUUAUUAAAUAGAAUGUUUUUAUAUAUAUGAAAAAUAUUUUCAUUUUUCUCUUUCUAAUUUCUAGUUAAACAAGACAAAAACAUACUAUUUAGCAGUUACUAAAAAAUAGUGUAUCAUUGUUUCUAGUCCCAGCUAAGUAUGUAUUAUAUAUUAUUGUAAGCUAGAACUCAUUAUUACCAGAAAACAAAAUCAUGCAUAGGUAUUAUUACUUCAGCCUGGCUAUACUAAAAGGCCUUAAAAGAAAUCCAAGAAGGCAGUGAACUCCUAAUAUUUUUUAGUUUAAAAAAUGGCAGCUCUAUGCAUUCAUACACAGGAAUUAUAAAAUACAAAUGCUUUAAUGGGUGACAUGAGGUUUAGGAAUGUGUGUUAUAGAGUUGCAUUAAAGGGAAAAAUCCAUUCUUCAAUUGUCACAUUAAUGAGCCAGCCUUUUCCAGGUUUCUUUAUGAAUGAGUUAGGUUAUAAAGUUAGAACGUGAAUCAGAUGGCAAAAUAUCUCAUGCAAGCAUUUUGAGCAACAGUAUGGAAAGAGAUUUGAAGAGGGUGGGGGUGUAGAUUUUACUGCGAAAUUGAAUUUAGGCAUUUAAUAGUACAAGGAUCUUUUCCAGCUUUGAAACAGCUGACUGCAUUGGUAACAACUGGGAUCUUCCUAAGAAAAGGAGUUAUCAGUUUUAUUAGUAGCUGUAACAAAGCCUAAUCAAACACAUAAGAUUGGUUUGGUGCUUUCUCCUUCAGUGAGGAAAAGACCUAACUAGCUGUCAUUUGUUUUAAAUCUGUCUUUCUUGAGGCUAUGCCCAGAAUUUGUGUGCUUUGGUAUAAGGGGUUUAUCUGGUAUAAGUAUCAAAUCCAUUAUGGCCUAAAAUUAAUCAACAAUUUUAAAAAAUUUUAAGAAAGACCCUACUUCCACCCCAGCUGCCUCAAAGAUUAUGAAUUAUUUAUGUGUGUAUCUAUAUGCACACACAUGCCUACACAUACACAACAUAUGUAUGUGUGUGUAUAUGCAUAUUAUAUGUAUGUGUGUGUGUCUGUAUAUAUACACGAAUACACAUUUGUAAAGGUGAAGGUGCCCUGACUUUUUCAGAUAACUAAAUAGAAAAACAUGUGUCAAGUUUAUGGGUUAUUUUUCUCCUCUGCAUAUUUACUAUAAAUUACAUUUGGUUUUGGGUGCUAGUUGCUGUCAUUCUCCUCCACACAUAACAAAAUACAUAUCUUUUUACCCUGUGGAUUGACACAAUUUAGAAUAGUUGCUCCCCAAAAUUUGUCUGUUCUUUUAGAAAAAGAUAAAAUAGGACUCAAGAGACCCGCCUCACUCUACUAACUCUAAUGAACAAGAUAGUACUCCUGGUCUUCUGUGUGCUUGAAUUUGCAUGAAAGCUUAAAGGCAAAUCUUAUAUCUCAACAAUUCUAGGAAGUAGGGGCCCCUGGUGGGCGGCAGGUGUUGUCUCAGAAACUUUAGAAAGACAACCCACUUUCUUAUUCUCUUAAAAUCCCCUAAGUUUUAUAACAAAAUGAAAUAGUCCAAAUACGGCAGUUGACUGGCAUUCAUGAGAGCUCCUGAUCCUGGAAUUACAGGCUUUGUCUCCCAAAUGAGCUGCAAAAUGUAGUUAUUACUGCCCAGGAAACAAAGUGUACUUCACAUCAGCAAAGAAUUUGUGUGGUAUCAUAUCCUCUUACCUUUGAGAAGCUUUCUCCUAUUGAUCUUGUAUCUUCUGUACUAUCCACAUUUUGUGUAAAAUCCAUUUGCCUUUUUUUUUACUAUGCAUUCAGUGAAUUCUCAAUAACGUUUUAUUUAAUGACAAAAAUAAUUAUUUGGACCACAAUUUAAAAAAAGAAAGAAAGACUAAUAAAAAACUAUCUAAACUCUCCUGAUUAAUAUGCUCAUGUUUAAAUGUAGGGCCUGACAGGGCAGUUCCAUCUAGCCUAGUGCUAAUGCCUUCUGCUGUGUGUUAAAUAAUUUUUUUGAUACCGUCAUCUUCACUUCACUUAACAAGUGAAUCAAAAGCAUAACCAAUGACUGCAAGCUAACAGAGCACCAAUAGAAGAGGUCAUAGAUUUGAAGGUGCUCUUCAAGAUGAAGAUGGGAGACCAAAUGUUAUAAUUUUUUAAGUGAACUGAAAGAUAGGCUGUUAGGAGAUGUAAAUUUUUAGAUACAGUGAGAACAGUAGUCACCAACACAUUUUUUCAAGGACUUUAUCCAGGUAUGAAUGGAAGUGCCACCAAUCCACUUGCAUGAAAUUUCCAUUUGCCUGCAUAGACUGGAUGUGUCACUGAUACUUAUUAUUUCACACUGAUAGUUAUUCACAAGUUUUUAUUUCAUAGCUUUGCCCCAUUCACUGGCCCCAGUUCACCCUGUGGCCUGUAGUGGAGGUAGCUGUCAGUGUCAUGAGUAAUCAAACUCAGUAUUGAGUAGAGGUCAAACAUGCUGAAGCAUUUUUUUUUUAAAUUAACUUUAAAACAUCAUCUGUACCCACUACAAUUUACUAAGAUCGAGCACAGUAAUUAUUUUGUUUGCUUCUCACAAUAAUACUAUGAUGCAAGUAAUAUUAUCAAUAUUUUAUACAUGAAUAAAUUGCAGCAGAGAUGUUAAGCAGACUUGCCCCAGGUCAUCCAGUAAGGAAGUAGCAGACCUGGGAUUAGAACUCAGGCAUACAUUACUCUAAAAUCUAUACUGUGCAUAUUGCAGUUACAUCCCUUUUUACCAGUUGCAAGGAAAAGUUUAGGUAACACUAUAUUCAUCAAUACAGCCAUCCACCUUAACUGAGUGGCAGAUAAAGGAGAAAAAACAAACAGUCUUGGGGAAAGAGAAAUACAAGACAAAGGAGAAGAAAAGAUCAGUGAUUUAAGUGACAUAAAUGGUACUUUUGUGUCAUACUUUGUAGAUGAUUUUGAUUUUCAAAGACUUGGGGAUCAAUUUACCGUUUUAUCCUAUACUUACUUAUAUUCUGAAGAUGUUUUAAUCCAUUUGUUCUGCUCCUUGUAUACUUUUGGGAAUCAAAGAUACCUUAAUUGUAUAUGAUCACCUUUCUACCCUAUAAAGCGGAUACUCUGUGUCCAUUAACACAUGUCUUGGCCAUGUCAGUGGUGAGAGGAAAGAUUCUUGUCUUCCUCUGUUCUCUCAAGACAAUUUAUUUACAUUUCUUCUUUGCCCUUUAUUAAAGCUUAACUGUAAUUUUAUUACAUGUCUCCCCUUCCUCCUUGGUAGUAAUUAACACCUUGUCUUAUUAUCUUUAUAUGCCCCUAACUCAUAAUAGGCACAGUAAAUAUUGAACUAAAUUCCCUGUGGAAGAAAUCAAUAAUGCUGUUACAUAAGUCCCAAUUUUUAUGACUCUUUUUUUAUACGCAGAUUUACUUUUUCCUUGUUUCACAGAUAUUUGUAAGAGUACCUAGUAUGUGUUGUGUGUGUGUCAUUCUAAGUGCUUCAGACGCAGAGACAGUUCAUUGGAUAGACAGAGUCUUAGCCCUAAUGGAGCUUGUGUUCUAAAGUGGGACGAUAGCCACAGAAUCAAGUUUAAUAGAGGAGUACAACACAUAGUUCAGAAAAGUCUUCCUGAAGAUGAUAACCCCUGAGUUGGGUCUUAAAAAGAACAAAUGCAGAUUAGACUCCCAUCAAAAAACAUAUUCUCUUCAAGGGCAAAAUUUAAAACGGUGGUUCCUAAACUAUAGUAUGUGUAAGAUUUAGUUUGAGAGUUUAAUUUGUAUUCCAAAGCCCCACCUCUGGAGAUUUGAUUUGGUCUGGGAUGGAGUCCAAGAAUCUACCUCCCCAGGAAUGUCUGAAAUACGUUGGUGUAGAAUAUUGAGCUCAUUAUAUGGAAACAUUGAUCGCGGUGUUUCAUUGCCCGUAGACUAGACCCUCAAGUGUGAUAGUGAUAAAUAAGAGCGAGAUUAAGACUAAGAUUCUCUUGAUCUUUUACUUGUACUUCCUUAAAAAAAAAGAUAUUCAACAUGAAAAUUAAAAAUUAUAAUGUUAUGAGUUUCUGUACAUUCACAUUCAAUAUAAUUCUUCAAAGUGUUCCUUGGUAAAACACAUGAAUUCUAUUAUGUUGGUUUUAUGAUCCCUGUAAAUUCCUUUGAAUUAUUAGUCAAAUAUUUCCUUUCAACCUGUCUCCACAGUGAUAGAUAGAAGGCUAAGAGUCUGCAGAGGUAUUUAGCUAGUAUAUCUCCGUCAGUGUUCUAAAUGAAAUACGAUUGACCUUUACAUAAAUGCAUAGUAGGAGCCAUAGGUGGUCGCAUCUUUCAUUCUUGUGUAUAGUAAAGUUUCUUGUCUUUUAUCAUCACCCGAAGUGGCUUCAUCGUCAACACACUCAUCAGAUGAACAUCAUUCCUGGACUCUUCAGUGCUUCUAUUUCCUCUGCUCUAAUCUCUAUUUCUUUGAUUGCUUCCUUAAGGUCUUUUAUUUAAAAUAAUGAGUUAGUAUAACAGCCUCAGGUCUUCCUCUUUAAAAAUAAAUGCUGUGGAUAAGGUUCAUCUGAGUUUCUGCAUUCCCUCAUUGAAAAUGUAGCCACACCUUCUUCUCCGGUAUAAUAUUUUGUGUGACUAUAUUAUACAUUUUGUAAGUUUUUCACCCCAAGAAAGAUCUAUGGUUUUAACUGAAAAAUGAGGUUAUUUGAAUAUUCGAAAUAAUAUGAUUGUGGAAUUAGACUACUUUGUGACUGUUCCUGUAUCAUUGUGUUUGGUCUGGUUAUAACUUGAGAACUGGUUAAUAUCACCUUAACAUGAAAGAGUUUGAUAGACUGGAAUUAUGAAUCCAGUAUCAAAAAUGAAAGUAGCAAUCUUGGUCUUCUCUCUCCUUUAGACAGGUAUGUAUCUUUCUUUAAACAUUCCUUCUUUCUUCCUCCCUGCUUUUUCCCCACUCUUAUCCCUAUACAUUCACACUAGACACUAGUUCACCAAAUCUGAAUGAUAACUAUCAAAAAGUGAUACCCUGACUUCUUUCUCUUAAUUACAUGGACUGGAAAGUAGGGAAGACCAGAUAGGUUUUCUUAGAGAUGGAAGAGAAAGGAAAGUGUGAUAACUGUUUAGUCAGUGCAGUUUUGUUCGUAACUCUUGCAAUCAGUCGUCUUUGUACACCUG